GAAGCGAACAAAACAAGAAGGCUUGCAGAAAACACACACAUUGAUUUCCUUCGUUUUUUAAUUUUUAAAUCUCUUCCCAUAAACCAUCUCCAAAAUCCCACCUUUAGCAUUCUCAAAGUGGACUUGAAGCCUCACAAACUUUCGUGGAUAAAUUAAACUUUCGAGUGAACUUAAGAAGAGCACUGUUGGUGAGUAUUUCAACCUUUAUGAAAAGGGAACAGUCAUUUGGUUCGGAAAUGAUGGAGUUCAAUACUGGAUAUUCCCGUUCGAAUGAGAAACAUCCAUCGGAUUGUCGAAAAUCCGCUGAUAAAGGGAAAAGGCCUGCAGAAAAAGAUGCAAGCGCUUCUGCAUUUGUAAAUCAUGAUAAGACAUGGCCUAUUACAAGACAAUUCCCACUCAUUCUCUUGAUCUACUCUCCAUUUGGACUCACAUGUCAAAUACGGCUGCAAUCGCUUGGCACGAGAACAGAGAAAGGUGGACAGGGGAUAAAUCGCAACAAUCACGAAAGAUUAGCAAGGAUCAAGUUAUAAGCUGGUCCACAACAUACGAAGAGCUUCUCUUAACUAGCGAGCCAUUUUCCCAGCCAAUUCCUUUGCCGGAAAUUGUAGACUUUCUAGUUGAUAUUUGGCACGACGACGGACUAUUCGAUUAGAUGUCUGAUGACGGACGAUGAUGAAGUAUCGACAUGGGAGACUGUUAGAUGAUUAGAGGAGUUCUUUUGUAAUUUUUUUUAUUUGGUUUAACAAAUUUUUAGGCAUGGAAAACCUCCAUUAUUCUUUAUGAUUGAGUGGCAAUUGUUGGCCUGGAUUUUGUUUGCCACCAUAGACUUAUGAAAACACACAUUUUGACUGUCACAUAGAUUCGGAUAUUUGUUUUACAUGAGUAUGCAGAA